AACUGGGACAUGGUAUUCCUUUAACAUCUUUGUUGUGUUAAUUGUUUUUUAAUUUUAAUACAAUGCGUAAUUGCAUAUAAUGGCUGGAGUUGUAUUGUCUCCUGUAAUCAUGGGGGAAUUUGUAUGCUACUAGAUAUUAAAAUGUCUAUUAGUACACAUUUAAAGAACCUGAGUCCCCCCCCCCCUCCCAAAUAAGAUGAGAUUAUGGACUUUUUGCAGAGCAUUUUCAUCUCACCCAGCAAUGAAUGCCAGCCCAGUCUCAGCUUUCAAUUUCAAUCGCUUACUCCAGCUUUCCAGCUACUUCAAAGCAUUGCGCGUUGGAAAACAGACCCAUCUUCAGAUUGUUAUGCAUGGUUUUUCUGAGGAUUCCUUUGUUAUCACUAAAUUAAUCCAAAUGUACCUUGAUUGCGACGAUAUUAGUUCUGCACGCCACCUGUUCGUUGAAUUGCCACCCCAGAACGUGUUCGCCUGGACUGCUUUAAUUUCAUUCUUUUCCCGCAAUGGGUUGUUUUAUGAGUGUCUCAGUACGUAUCACGAGAUGAAACACAAGGGUGUUUUGCCCGAUGAGUUUGUGUUUCCGAGGGUGUUGAGGGCGUGUUCGUUGCAUUCCUGCUUGGAAUUUGGGGUUAAGGUUCACAAAGACGUGAUUGUGGGUGGUUAUGAGGGCAAUGUUCAUGUAGGUAAUUCGUUGGUUGAUAUGUACUCUAAAUGUGGUGACAUCAGGGGUGGUAGAUUAGUUUUUGAUUUGAUGAUGGAGAGGGAUUUGUUCUCUUGGAAUUCGAUUAUUUCUGGAUAUGUUUGCAACAAUUUGCUUUGUUUGGCAGUGGAGACGUUGAAUUUGAUGAGAAUGGAAGGUUUCGAGCCUGAUAUAGUGACUUAUAACACUUUAAUGGAUGCUUAUUGCCGCAUGGGUCUUUGUGAUGAAGCUCGGGAAAUAUUUAAACAGAUCAAGAACCCCAGUGUAGUCUCAUGGACAACUUUGGUAUCAGGUUAUUCCAGAAUAGGAAACCAUGAUGUGGCUCUUCAGAUUUUUAGGAAUAUGAUUAGUCAAGACAAUGUUUAUGCUGACGUAGAUUGUCUUUCAAGCGCCCUUUCUUCCUGCCAACACAUGGGGGCUUUAAGGAAUGGACAAGAAAUUCAUGCAUAUGGAAUUAAGGUGGGACCACUGUAUGAGUUUUAUCAAUCAGCUGGACCCGCCCUCUUAUCUGUGUACACCAAGUGUGGAAAGUUUGACUACGCGAGGCACGUAUUUGACGUGGUGGAUAAAUCCGAUGUUGUUGUCUGGAACGCAACGAUUCGUGGGUUUGCUCAACAAGGGGAAGGGGACUUGGCAGUGGAUUGUUUCAGAAGGAUGCAAAACAUGAGAGUUAAAAAUGACCCGACAACAAUAUCAACUCUCUUGCCUCUCUGUGACUUGAAAUAUGGAAAACAAAUUCAUGCCUAUGUUUACAGAGGAUGUUUUUGUGAUGCCGUGCCCGUUUGGAAUGCACUUAUUUACAUGUAUGCAAAAUGUGGAGGAAUUGAACUCGCAUACACUGUGUUUUCUCAUAUGGGUUAUAGAGACUUAGUAUCCUGGAAUACAAUGAUUGGGGGAUUCGGAAUGCACGGUUACGGAAAAUCUUCUUUAAAUCUCUUCCAUGAGAUGAAAUCUUCUGGCAUUUACCCCAAUUCAUUGACAUUCACUUCUGUGCUAUCAGCAUGUGGUCAUUCUGGUCUUCUUGAUGAAGGGCUAGAAGUUUUCCAGAAAAUGACACAAGAUUACAAACUAAGUCCUAGAAUGGAACACUACACUUGUAUUGUUGAUUUACUAACAAGGGCUGGUAGGCUUGACGAAGCUAUUGACUUUAUCAUGGAAAUGCCCAUAAAACCAGAGAAGCAAAUCUGGGGUUCUCUAUUGGCCGCUGCUUUAGCAAACCAAGAAUUAGAAAUUGGAGUUUUAGCUUCGGAAAAUCUAGUCAAAUUGGAGCCUGAAAAUGCUGGACAUUAUGUGACUUUGUCGAAUUUGUAUACUAAAUCUGGAAGAUCAGAUGAUGCUUUUGCGCUGAGAAGACAAAUGGAAAACAUGGGACUGGUAAAGCAAUUUGGAUGGAGCUUGUUAUAGUCUUUUUGUCACACGUGCUACAUUAUGCAAUAAUCCUUAAUUAUGAAUAGAAGACUCCUUUUUGAUUCAAGCAUGGGUGGCCGAACUCAUCGUCUAUCACAAGAGACCCAAGUAUUGGCAAUCUUUUGGCUUGUCACUCAUAGGCUAGCCACACUUGUACACAUUUCCACUGCAGGACAAAAUUCCAUGUAGACUCUGUGUACACUGCCUAAUGGGGAAGAGCAUAAGUACUUCAAAAUUUCUUUGACUUUCCUAUAAUUGUCCUCAUUCUUAGCUUGACCAAUUACACUUGUGGAAGGAUUGUCUUGAAUAAUCCUCUUGUCUUGCUCCAUCAUCAUGGCCGAAUUCAGCGACAUUAUCAAAGUGGGUUCAUCCAUCGUAUCUCAUUUUCAAUCCAAAGGUCUCCUAGAGCCCUUGCCGGCAAGGACAAACAAGGGCUCUAAAGCACCCUGACACUCCUGAAGCAGCUCCUGUGCAAACCAGGGGCUCUCCUCCUGGAGCUUUGAAGCUUAACAGCGUCGGCGUAUUAGGGGCUCUCCUCCGUGCUCUCUAAACUUUACCUGCUAUGACAAACCAGCGGUAAUUUUUUAGGCAUUGGAAACAGUCUCUCUACUUUUAGUGGGGGUAAGGUCUGCGUACACACACCCUCCCUAGACCAUGUGGGAUUCUACUGGGUUGUUGUUGUUGAAAAAGGACGUCGUGCGGCAAUGGUGUGUUCUGCAGUUCCAUGGCAGCACUUCGAAGAUCCAAGCAACAAAUCUUUCCUAACACAGACGGGAGGACGAUUCUACUUCAUACAUCUCCUGCUGGGGGGUACU